GUUCGUCUCAUGGACGAGAGAAUUUCAAUGGGUUUGGUUGGCAACACUGAUGCCGCGUGCAGCCAGUCUUCUCGCGGCCACGAUCACGGAGGGAACCGGCUAAAAGCCGUGCAAGUGAAACAGUUUGGUGAUCGUGAUAUCGGCAAAUCGUGAAUCGGAGCUCCCAUGGCACGUGAGAUUUCUCGUCACUGGCAGGCAUCCACAGGCGAAAUGAAGUCGGAGGAAAUGCCUUUGUGCAGCGGCCAGCAACAGGAUUUCGAGGAGACGGAUCUAUCGAGAAAGGAGGACACGUUGCAAGGAUGGGCGGGGAAGAGCGUUUGGUCCAUGGUGUGCGCCAUGGAAUUAGGCUUGAUAUCGAGUGUCUCGCAGAACAACGUCUUGCACGACACGAUGCCCGACGAACGAUCGUACGUCAACGUGGCCGGCGUCGCAGUUCCCAAGUCCACGUUGCCCUUGAUAAAUAACAGCUCGGUCAGCGCCGCGAGCAAGUCGUCGAGGAUCCGUUUGAAAUCGCGCAGAAGAAAGAAGAAACGGAGCUCGAAAUGCGCGUCCAGAUCCAAGAGCGAAUCCCCGUUCAUCCGAGGUAAAGAGGUGAAGGAGAACUUUUGCAAGACUAGACGAAGCUACGACUCAACGACCAUGGACAACGACUUGAACACCGUCGACAAGUUUUGGAGAUACCAGAAGAGAAGGCACGAGGGCACGAAAAACGCGGAGCAGUUCCCUUGCAGCGAAACUCGGAACGACGAUCCAUCCGUGUCAGCCGGUUAUCGCGAUUCACUCGCGGCGAAACGCGACGAUAACGAUAAUUUGCCGAAUCAAUCGAAUCACACGGCAAACAUCCUCCCAACGCGAGUAAACAUUCCGCAGACUGGCACCUCCAGUCGAGAGGUGAAGUCAUCUUGCAGAAACGACGCGGGUAACAUCGCCUCGCGCGGUUACGAUCGCUCGGCGGGAAACGAUCGUUGGACGAGGAGAACCGAUUUCAAAACGUCGUCGAAGCCUGUUAACGUGCGGCAGAAACGGAUGGUCGAUCGCGACGAGGACAAACGAUUACGUUAUUCGAGGGAGGAUCGCAACGAUGACCACCAGGGUAACGUAUCGGUCGAGCCGGAGUCUGAAGAGUCGUCGAAGGAACAAUCGGAGAACGAAGAAGACCUCGCUCUCGAUGAGUUGGCCAGCCUCGACGAAGCUGAAUCCUCGAACUUUGGCGCGGCACGUUCGUCGAAUUCUGGCGACGCGCGGUCGUCGAGCUUUCGCGAAGCUCGGCCGUCGAGCUUCGGGGGAUCGACGUUGUUGAACUUCGACGAAGCCAGAUCGUCGAGUUUUAACGAACCGCCGUCGCCGAAUCUUGACGAGAGCGCGUCUUCGAGUUUUAGCGAGAUGCAGUCGUCGAAUCUCGACGAGACUGCGUCUACGAAUUUCGGCGAGGCGCGGUCGUUGAGUUUCGGGAGGGAAGGCGUAUCGUUGAGUUUCGGGAGGGAGGGCGUAUCGUUGAGUUUCGGGAGGGAGGGCGUAUCGUUGAGCUUCGACGACGGUAGAUCGUCGAAUUUUAGCGAGCUGCGAUCUUCGAAUCGCGAAGACGAGACUACGUCUUCCAACUUUGGCGAUGGGAAAUUGCCGAAUUUUGGGGAAGCUGCGUUGUUGAGUUUCGACGAGGGUGGAUCGUCGAAUUUCGACGAGCGACCAUCGAAUUUUGUCGAGACUCAAUCGACGAAUUUCGACGGAGCUCCGUCGGCGAGUUCCAACGGGGAGCAACCGUCGAAGCUCGACAUCGACGAGCUUUCCGCGAGCAAAAAAGUCUCCUCGAACGAAGAGAGUGAAGACGAACACUCGAUCGCGAAGAAGAGCAAGAUGUCCUCCGACGAGAACACGACGACCGCCAAGCCGAUGAGGAAAGUCGUGAAGGCCCCCCAGAAGAAAGGAUCCAGGUGGAGCGACGGAUGUUACGAGCUCAGGAGGGUUACGCGAGGAUCGAUGAAAGUCAGCAAGGAUCUGUUCGUUGGCAAAUUGGUGUGGGGCUAUUAUUCCGGAUGGUGGCCAGCGUUAAUUGUCGAUGCCGACCACGUAGGAAUGUUGCCGGAAACGGAGAAAUUAUGGGUGUACUGGAUUGGCGAAGCUCGUAUAUCAUCGUUGAAUGAGAAGACGCAAAUCGAACCGUUCUCGUCAAACCUCGAGAGCAGACUAACGAAGAACUUAAGCGAAGCGCGAGUACGCGCCAUUGACGCAGCUAUGCAGAUGUUACGCGGCGCGUUGGGCUGCACUUUGACCAAACCUUACUUCACGUGGAUCGAGAACAAUUUUCCAACUAUGAUCGAAAUGAUGGACGAGCUUAAGUUCUAUCCGUAUCCAAACAAUAUACAACGGAGACUCGACACUCUUAGGCAGAAAAAUGCCAAAAUUACAGAGAAAUAUCUGCUAGACCAAAAACGGGAAAGUCAAGGGAAAAAGGUGGUUGAGAAGCCGAAAGAGGUGCCACAACGAAAUAACGUAGAUUUAACGCGUUUGCCGUUGCAAGAACAGAAUCCGGGGAUUAUAGCGUGGGCUAAAAUCGCCGGACACAAUUGGUGGCCAGCAAUGAUUAUCGAUUAUCGCGACUGUUGCAUGCGAGAACCGAGCUUUGGAUGCCAAUGGAUUAUGUGGUACGGUGACUACCAACUUUCAGAGGUUCAUCAUCAGUUGUUUAUGAAAUUCGACAAAGGAAUUGAAAAAAUGCGCGACUACAUAAAUAAUACGAAGAAGCAUUUGUAUAUGGUCGGAGUUCUUCAAGCGUCCAAAGAUUAUUGCUCCCGUAUAGGUCUCGAAACCAAGAAUUGGACACUAGACGAUGCGCUCAAAUAUUUUUCAAAAGCGAAAAGCUCCCAAGCAUCGUCGUGUGAUACUACGAAAAAGAAGGAUUCCGUCAAAAUAUACGAUAAAUAUUCAGCUUGCAUAGCUGAGAAAUUGAUCGAGUUGAAGAAGAAUACAGAUGUUGAUGAUGAACGGACGGAUGUCAUAAAGAACAGUGAUGAUUUACGUUCAGCGAUGAACGGAAACGUCACUUUCAAAUCGUUAUGUCUAAGGUGUUUGAAAGUUCCUAAGGGUAAAAUGGACAUUCAUCCAUUCUUCGAGGGAUCUCUAUGCAGAGAAUGUUCGGAUCACUAUAAACCCUGUAUGUUUCUCUUCGGCAAUGAUUCGAAAUGCUUUUACUGCACGGUGUGUGCAGCCUCUGGAACGAUGAUCAUAUGUGAUAAAGAAGAUUGUCCAAGAGUCUAUUGUACUGCUUGCAUGAAACAUCUGUUAUGCCCAACGACGUACGAGCAAGUUCUUCGAGAAGAUCCUUGGGAGUGCUUCCUCUGCGCAAAAUCUCAAUCGUUCACCGAUUCGUUUGUCAAGCCUCGAACAAAUUGGAAAGCGAAGAUAAUCAGCAUGUUCCGUACAAAUUUCAAAUCGAACGUGCAACAGCUAGUGAAACGUAAUCACGAGAAGAAAAAAAUACGUGUGCUAUCGUUGUUCGAUGGCCUUAGUACAGGCUUACUGGUGCUCCUCAAGUUAGGUAUAGCCGUGGACAAGUAUUACGCGAGCGAAAUCGACCCGGACGCGUUAAUGGUGAGUGCUACACAUUUUGGCGAUCGAGUUAUUCAUUUGGGCAACGUGAAGGGCAUCACGAAGGAAAAGAUCAAGGAAAUAGCUCCUAUCGAUUUAUUGAUCGGUGGAUCACCCUGCAAUGACCUGAGUUUGGCUAACCCAGCGCGACUUGGUCUCCAUGAUCCAAAAGGAACUGGUGUUCUUUUCUUCGAGUAUAGUCGAAUCCUGGAUCUAGUAAAGAAAAUCAAUAAUAAACACCAUUUAUUUUGGUUCUAUGAAAACGUCGCUUCGAUGCCGACUGAAUAUAGAUUAGAAAUUAACAAACAUUUAGGACAAGAACCUGAUACGAUAGACUCGGCUGAUUUUUCCCCUCAACAUAGAUUGAGGCUAUACUGGCAUAAUUUACCGCUAGAACCACACUCGUUGCCAAAUCAAGAACAGCAAGACGUACAGGAUAUACUUACGCCGCAUUGUCAACGUUACUCGCUUGUUAAGAAAAUUCGUACUGUUACUACGAAAGUAAACUCGCUAAAGCAAGGUAAAUUGGCUUUAAAACCAAUUCUUAUGAAAGACGAAACUGAUUCUUUGUGGAUAACUGAACUCGAAGAAAUAUUCGGAUUUCCGCGCCAUUAUACAGACGUGAAGAAUUUAUCAGCAACAAAAAGGCAAAAAUUAAUAGGGAAAUCUUGGAGCGUCCAAACUUUAACUGCCAUUUUUAGGUCUCUCUGUCCCUUUUUUGAGUGCAAUACGACUGAAACGAAUCGACCAUAGUAUAUUAAGAAAAGUCAAAAGUAUUUAAACAUAGCAUGUGUUUAUAAAUAGCAAAAAUGAAACAAUGAAAUGUAAACUGUAUCUCGCUUUAUUUAGUCCACGAGGAGGAUACAGCGAGUAUGUUUUAAUGAAUUCCAUCAAAUCUAUUUCCAUUUACUUUUAAUUUUAUUACAAUGAAGACAAAACAAAUACUUCACAGUAUUUUUUACCAUUUUUAUUUUUUCUAUUAAAAUUACAUCGCAUAUGC